CAACUUCCCUGAAUGCACAAUGAAAAACAACAUCAGCUACUUUUAUUGACACAUCAUCUCUUUCCAUGCAGCUCACGCUGACUCUGCUGUUUUACUUAUGCAGUUUCAUUACUGGAUCACCGAUGUAGAGGUCGUCAUCACAGUCUGACACACUGUCUGUGUGUGGUGUUGUCACUGAGGUCAGAGUUAAAAUGGGACCUACUCAUGCUGUCUGUGCUCUGUUGAGCCUUGCACCUCUGCUGGUGCUUGCUGUUCCUCCGAUUUGGACCCAGCCAGAGCAGGUGCACCUCUCUUACCCAGGAGAGCCAGGGUCUAUGGUGGUGACCUGGACCACCUUCAAUAAAACAGAAAGCAAAGUGGAGUUCAGUCUUCUGGGGGGUCGGCUCUUUGAGAUGACGGCCAAAGGUGAAGCUACUCUGUUUGUGGACUCUGGAGAGGAGAAGAGGAAGAUGUUCAUCCACAGGGUCACUCUCACAGGCCUCAAACCUGCUGCUGCAUAUGUAUACCACUGUGGGAGUGAUGAGGGCUGGAGUGACAUUUUCUUCUUCACUGCACUGAAUGACAGCACUAGUUUCAGCCCCAGGUUUGCUCUGUAUGGUGACCUGGGUAACGAGAACCCUCAGUCAUUGGCUCGACUACAAAAGGAGACACAGCAGGGGAUGUACGAUGUUAUCCUGCACAUAGGUGACUUUGCUUACGACAUGCAUGAGGACAAUGCCAGGAUUGGAGAUGAGUUCAUGAGGCAGGUCCAGUCCAUAGCAGCCUACGUGCCCUACAUGACCUGUCCAGGCAACCAUGAAGCUACAUAUAACUUCUCCAACUACAGGAAUCGCUUCAGCAUGCCUGGCAAGACUGAGAGCCUGUGGUACAGCUGGAACCUGGGGUCAGCGCACAUCAUCUCCCUCUCCACCGAGGUUUAUUUCUAUCUCCAGUUCGGCCUGGAGCUCCUCUUCAAGCAGUACGAGUGGCUGAGGAAAGACCUGGAGGAAGCCAACAGGCCAGAGAACCGAGCAGUGCGACCGUGGAUCAUCACCAUGGGACACAGACCCAUGUACUGCUCUGAUGAUGACCAGGACGACUGUACCAAGUUUGACUCUUAUGUCCGUCUGGGACGGAAUGACACCACACCUCCGGCUCCCGGCCUAGAGGAUCUGUUUUACAGCUAUGGAGUGGAUCUGGAACUCUGGGCCCAUGAGCACACAUAUGAGAGGCUGUGGCCCGUCUAUGGGGACAAGGUCUUCAAUGGGAGUAAAGAGCAACCUUAUGUGAACCCAAAAGCUCCAGUUCACAUUAUCACAGGCUCCGCUGGCUGCAGAGAGAGGACCGACAGGUUCAACCCAAACCCCAAAGAGUGGAGCGCUUUCCGCAGCACGGACUACGGCUACACCCGCAUGCAAGUGGUCAAUGCCACCCACCUGUACCUGGAGCAGGUUUCUGAUGACCAGUAUGGGAAGGUGAUCGACAGCAUUUGGGUGGUGAAAGAAAAGCACGGCUUCACUUCCUGGUUCUGAAGAUUGCUGUCUUAUAAAGAAUCUGCUCAGAAAAUGCACUUUAAACUUUAUUCAAGGUAUGCACUGAUGAUAAGAUACAUGAUUCAUUUCUAUGCUUCUCAGAUUUUAGAAUGAAGACCACUUUAUGAACCUCAUACUGUAAACACACUAUAUGGGAAUUAACUGUCAGCAAUGAUUUGUAAACAGAGUUAUGAUGGACUUUUAAUAAACUCUGCUUUUCCAUGGA